GUUGCUUUUGAUUUUUCUUCCGACUUAUUGCUCUUUGUUUUCGCGCCGUUUGACAUUGAUGGAAAUUAGCUAUCAUUCGCGAUGUCGCACAAUAUUAUUAGAACCGUAAUGCCGGAGCGAAUGAAAAAUAUCACCGAAAUUCCGGUCGAAAAGAAAUAUCAGCCCUGGCUAUCGAGUCCUCCGAAGCUUCUCCACGCGGCAGGUGACAUCGUGAACAAUAUUUCCAUGCCGGAAUGCUGGUACUGGGAUGUCGAGAGGGUGGUGAAGUGGUUGAGAAACGAGAUCGGCCUCGCGCAAUACAAAGACUGCUUUGUCACAAAUUUCAUAAACGGCCGUCGUUUGAUCCGCAUCGACGCCUCCGUUUGUCCAAAGAUCGGUAUUCGGGAUCUGAGCCACAUAAAGCUUAUCACAGCUGGAAUCCGGAAAUUGUUCAAUGUGGAGCUGGAGGCGUGGGACAGAAGCAUAAGCCUUCCACCGCGGUAUCCUCUGACGCAUUACCUCCUCUUCCAAGUACCGACGGGGCCGAUUCGAGAAAGUACCAGCCGUGUUGAGCUGUUCAGAAAAAUGGGAAUCCUCGACGAGGAGGAACCCUGCCCCUUCGGUCACUGGGAAAUGGUGGAUGCUACACAGCCGGAUUAUCCGGCUCGUAGAUUCGGGCUUGCGAAACGAAAGUGCGUUUAUACGCGAAACGAACAUCAACGACAGCCGAGGGGCCACUCCUACUUGAGACGAUCGAAACUCAGGCACAAUUUUUUCCUAAGAAUCGACAUCAAGUAAUUAAAACAGUCACUUAAAUUAUGAAAGAAUGCAACAAUUAUUAUUUUCUAUCCUCGGAUUAAAUUUAUUAACUAUUGAUUA